AUGUAGAAGAAAAGGUUGUCAUCAAUUGAUAGAAAUUUUAUGUCUUCCCUUAGGAAAUAUGAAGAGCAUCCUUCAUAGAAGUAAAUGAAUGGUUAAAAAAAAGAAACACAAUUAUAAGAACAAUAAUUAUUGAUUUAAGACAUUCAAGCUAAUAUUUCAGAUUUAGAAAAUGGAAAUUAUGUAAAAUGUUUUACAAGUAUAAAUUUAAUGUUUACUGAUCCAAAUUAUUCACUUCGUAAACAUAUCACAUUUUAAUUAUUUGUACCUGAAGAAAAAGAUUUCAUUGGGUUUACAAUAUUGAACAAAAAAGAAAUUUGGAUUUUACUAUUACUUUAUUUUGAUAUAGUGAAUUAAGAUAAGAAUUAAUAUGCAAGAUAUCUUUGGUAAAGUAUUGUUAAAAAAAUGAGUGAAUAUUUAAAUUAUGAACUAAGAGAAGAGGUUAUAAAUAAAGUCAAAUUUUAUAGACAAAAGUCUAAAAUAACAAAUAAUCAAAAUAAAUUAAAUAAUUAACAUUCUAAUCAAUAUUAUUUUGUUGAAGAACAUGAUGAUUAAAGUAAAGAAGGUAAAGAGAUUAAUAAUAGUUAUAAAGAAAUAUGUUUUGAUAAAUCUUAUAUGGCAACAUUAUCAGAUAAUUCAAUUAUUGAAAGAAGUUAAGUAUUAGAAUAGAAUAUAAUAAUUAUGUAAGAUCAAAUUGAUUCAAUUACAAAUGAGGAUGUAUCUAAUUAAGGUCCUAGCAAUAGUUCAAUUGAUUUGAAUAAUGAUUUUGUUGAAAUUACAUAUCAUAAUUCUAAUUUGAAUGAUUUUUAAAUUCCAGAUAUUUCAUUUUAAUAGUAAUCAUAAACUGAAGAUCUAAUCAAAAAUUCUAUAUUUAUAGAUUAAGCUAGUAAUUAGGUUGAAAUUUCUUUAAUUGCUUAAAUGGAAUAAUUGGGAUUUUAAGAUAACUAAUAAUCUGAUUAAUUAAAUAAUGCACUUAUUGUAGAUUAAGAUGAUGAUAAUCGUGAAAGUUAUUAAAAUUUAGGAAUAGAUUAAAUUAGUUAAAAUUCUCUUGAAAAUAUUAAAAUUCAAGAAUCAUCAAUUUAUUAACAAAAUUUUUUGGAAGAAAAUAAAUAAACAGAUUUACUUAAGGAUAAUAAAAUUAUAAAUUAAAAUGAUAAACCAAUAUAUAUAUUAGAUUUUGAAAAAAUAGCAUUUGAUUCAUUUUCAAAUUCUGAUUAAUUUUGUAAGAAAUCUAAUUUAAUGGGAGAAACUCCUCAUUUUUCUAUGAAUCAAUAAAUUAUCAAUUAAUGGUCAAAAGAAGACAUAAAAGAUUAAAUAUAAUAAGAAGAAGAAGAAAAAGAAAAGUAAGUAAUGCCAUUUAAAAAAUUUGAAGAAUAAUUGGCACAUGAUCAGGCGAAGUAGAUUUUAUAGUAAGAUUUAGAAUAAUUAAAUAAUGAUUCAGAUGAAGAUAAUGAUUAAAUUGAAACUAAAUAAUAAAAAUAUGAAGAGAAAAAUAGUUUAUCUAAAAUUGAAUAAUAAGAUAUUAUAAAUAUUGAAUUUAAAUCAUCAUUAGAUAUUGUUAAUUCAAAAUAGAAAACUAUUGAUGAUUAUUUUAAACCAAAAAAUAAAAAUGAGUCUAAAAAUUGUAAUAAAUUAGAUGAAGAACCUAUUAAAAAACAAGAAUUUGAAUAAUCUUUAUAGAAUGAUAAAAGGAGAAAAAGUAGAAUAAGCAAAAUAAUGUAAAAAUCAAAUGUAAAUUCUCAACUUGAUUAAGCAUUUGAAUGUGAUAUGUCUUCUUAAUAACCUUCACAUUGUAUAUAUUUAGAAUAAUCACAUGAUCUUGAAUCUUAAUAAAUAUCAAAUAAUAAAAAGAGACGAUCAUCUCUUGUUGAUAAAAGAUAUGAUUAAAAUUUUAUGGAUAAACAUGGAUCAGGAUAUAGAUUUGAAGUUUAAAAAGCACCUUAAAGAUUAAAAGAAAAAUAUUAAGUUGAAGAAAUACUUGUACCAAAAAGAUCUAGCAAAAGAAUUUAAUAUCCAGAAAGAAGUGAUUUAGAAAUAUCUAAAAUGAUUAUUGCUAAUAAUGAAAUUUUGAAUUAUUUUACUCCUGCAGAUAGAUAAUCUUAACAAAUAUCAGAAGAAAUUAAUAAUAGAAUACAUCCCAUAACAUAUUUUCAUUCACUUAAUAAGAAUGAUAAAAAUCAAAUAAUUAUUGUAAAUUAUUGAACUAUAAAUUCUAGUUAUCAAACAAUUAAGAACAUUUUAUAAAUGAUAUUGUAGAAAUCGAGAUUUGUUUAGCAAAUAUCAAUGAUAAUGAUAGUCAUCAUAUUGUUAAGGUAAUAUAAUUUAUUAAUUAGAUUGUAAGUGGAUAAUUAAAUGGUUAAAUAGCAAUUGCCUAAAUAAAAAAAUAAAAUUCAGAAUAAAUCAUAUUUGAAGAUUACAAUUUUUAUAAUAAAUAUAUCCACUUUUAAUAUCAACAAUCAUAAGCUAUCUACUUACCAUUAGGCAGUUAUUUAAUUAAUUAAAAUUGA